AUGGGGGACCCUGCGGUCCCUGCGGGUCCAUCAGGGCUCCACCCCGAGCUCAGCGGCCGCGAAGCGAGCGCCUCCGGGUCCGUCAAGGGCAACUCGCGGCGCUCACGGCCGCUCGGAACGCUUGCGCUGGUGGCGCUGAUCUUCUACAGCGUCUCCGGCGGCCCGUUCGGAACCGAGGAGUCCCUGAAGCUCGGCACUCCUCUAAUCACUAUCUGCUCGUUCAUCGUGCUUCCUAUGGUCUGGUCCGUCCCCGAGGCGCUCGUCACGGCCGAGCUCGCCACGGCGUUCCCGGAGGCCUGCGGAUUCGUCGCCUGGGUCACCGCGGCCUACGGACCCUUCUGGGGCUUCCUCGAGGGUUUCUGGAAGUGGACGAGCGGCGUGACGGACAACGCGAUCUACCCGGUCCUCAUGCUCGCGUACAUCGAGACGGUCUUCCCCGCGCUCGCGUCCGGACUCCCCCGCGUCGCUUUCCUGGGCCUCACCACCACCGCCCUCACGGCCCUCAACUUCCGCGGCCUCUCCGUCGUCGGCACCACCGCCAUCACCCUCGCGACGAUCACGCUCCUCCCCUUCGUCCUCAUGGCCGUCCUCUCGCUCCCAAAGGUCCACGUCGAGCGCUGGUUCCGCGCUGACGUCAGCGGCGUCGACUGGCCGGGGCUCCUCAACAUACUCUUCUGGAACCUGAACUACUUCGACAGCGCGUCCACGCUCGCCGAGGAGGUCCAGGACCCCCAGCGCGCCUUCCCGCGCGCCCUCGCCGGCGCCGUGGCGCUCGUCGUGUCCUCGUAUCUGAUUCCGAUCCUCGUCGGGGUCGGCAUCGAGCGCGACGGCUCGACCUUCUCGAAGUGGGACGAAGGGCACUACUCCGUCGUCGCGAAGCGCCUCGGCGGGCCCGUGCUGCAGUGGUGGGUCGUCGUCGCCGCGGCCGUCUCGAACGUCGGGCUGUUUCUGGCCGAGAUGUCCGCCGACUCGUUUCAGCUGCUCGGCAUGGCGGAGCGCGGGUUCCUGCCCGCGGCGCUCGCGCGGCGGUCGCGCUACGGCACGCCCACGCUCGCGAUCCUGCUGUCGUCCGCCGGCGUCAUCGGAAUCACGUGCCUCGACUUUAUCGACAUCGUAACCCUCCUGAACGCGAUGUACUGCCUCGCGGAGCUCCUCGAGUUCUCCGCGUUCGUGCACCUGCGCUGGCGGCAUCCCGAGCUGCACCGGCCGUACCGGGUACCGCUGAGUACGUGGGGCUGCACUCUCAUGCUCGCGCCGGCGUGCACCCUGCUCGUCGUGGUUCUCGGCAUUCCGAUCGCGCAAGGGCGCUGGCUCGUGUUGGGCUUCUUGGGAGGCUCGACGGCGUUCGCGACGGCGCUGUACUUCGCGCUCGCGUACGCCAGGCGUCGCCAGCUGCUCCAGUUCCUCUGCGACCCCCCCCGGGGCUUCGACGACAUCCAAAAGGCCCCCGGGGGGUCCUUCGAGGCGUCGCCGGCGGGCAAGGGCGUGGAGAUGACGGAUCUGACGCGUCACAACGACGAGGAGGAAGAAAGCACGCCUAUGGCGGAUGAGGAGCGCACGGGGCUCCUGCAUUCGGGAUUGCAUAUGUCUGACGCAACACUUAGGGUCCAGACAGGGCACGAGAGUGCGUAG